GGGGAAGGUUCGAGCAGGGAGAUUAGUCGUAGAGAUCUGGCUCUGCAGCAAGGAACAGUACAAGGGGUAUAGACAGAGCAAUUGGUGUGUCGGAGGUGAAGGACAGAGAUUUGUUCGAGUCUCUGGGGAAAAGAUGGUCUUGUUAGCAACUCUGGCACAAACUUUCUUGUUGGGGGAUCGGAGAGCGGCAGAAAUAACACAAGAGGGGCGCGACGUUCGGGGAGGGGGUGAGUGUGGAAUGCCAGGGGGGCGGGAUUGGGCGGCGUGGGAUUUGGGGGUCUCCUUGCCAGGGAGAGAAGCGUCGGGCUGGCGAGGGCGGUGGACGAGACAACGCAGAGAUGUAGAGAGAGCGCGAGAGAGCUGCAGCGUGCAGCGGUGCUUGCUGGAGAAGCUGUGGGCGAGACAGCAACGUACCUGGUUGAGUUUGAGGGGGGGGGAGAUUGGCAAGACAAUUGCUUUCUUCCUCUGUCUUGUGGUUAAGAACAGAAGGGUCUACAAAAGUGUGUCAGAAAAGGGAGAAUGGAAAGGAGAAAGUGAGAGAAGAGGUCGAAGAACAGAGGGAGUUUCAAGGAGGAAGGGGGGGUCGGGGACGUGUUAUUGUAGUCCGGCCGCCGCGGACUAUUGAGAUUGAGAAUUGGGAUUGGGGAUGAGGAUUAUGAUGGGACGCGAGGGAAGGACUCUCAGAGGCACACCUAAGAAAGUGUAGACUGGAGACACAGGUACAAGGAGCGGAAUAGUGAGUGAGUUGAGAUGUGGU